AUUAGUAAUCCAUAUAACUUAAAACAUUCUAAAAUUUAAUAAUCGCUCCAUCUACCGGUUAAACACUGUCAUCAAGUCAUCAUCCAAAUAGCUUAAAAGGAUAUUGCGAUUCGCGACGUUUACACCACGCGGCACUAGCGCCACGGCAAAGCAGAAAACAUUGCCGUCUAUGUGUGCGUGUCCGUGAGUCGUAGUUACGCGGUUGCGGUGUAGUGGGCCUUCCUAUAAAUACGAGCACACAGUAAUACAUGUAACGCACACAAUUACACGCAUAAAGCGUUCUAGCAAUCCAUCCACCUAUCGAGGGUUUGAACCUCAGCUCGUGAUUUGUCAUGCGUCUAAACUUUUUGCUUUUUUGUCUUUCUAGGAAAAGAAGAAAAUUGGAUAAUUUCACAGCCGAAGAUGAUACUAUAUCUUUAGACUACAUCGAACUGCAAAAUAUGGAAAUGGAAUCUCCGAUUUCAUCAAAGUUGAAAGUCAGUCAAAAUAACGAUGAGGCGACCAGCUCAAACAUUUUGAACCCACGCAUUGCACAGGUGGAUGACACUUAUCGGGUUCCUAGUCUAUUAGAGGAAGAAGAUACCCAUGAGUUACAAAUAUCGUUCGAUUUGGAAGAAGAGCUUCCUGACAAAACCGUCGGUCGAAGAAUUGUUGCAAUUAGUAAUUUUUUUACAAAAUUACAAUCGAUUUGCAAUCAUGGACCCUUAGGAUGCGGUAUUCAAGAAAUGCAGUUGGUUGGAGAAGUAAAACAUGGGCAUAAUUGAACUUGGCUCUCAUUUCACAUUUAUGUUUUUGUUGGGAAAUCAUUACUUUUGUACAAAAAGUAAGAAAUUACUAGUGUUAAUCAUAAAAGCAGUUGUGCUGAAACGAGACCCUCGC